UAAUUAAAGUUUUCUUGUUUCAAUAUUCAAUAUUCAAUAUUUUUUUAAAUAGUUGAUUAACUGUCAUUCAUAGGGAAUGGAAGUCACUGACAUUUAUAUUUUUUGAUGUUAUUUAAUCAGGUAAACAUUAUUGCUCGUCUUCUUUGUCAAAUUGGAAAUUAAAUAUCAAAAGAUGCAAUGAUCCAAAAGCAUUUAUCUUUGUAUCCUUCAUGUUUUUUUUGAUAGUUCAAACAUUAAAUUCCCAAGAAAGUACCAAAGUAAUCUUCAUUUACUAAACUAACUGUGCCACAUUCCCAGAACAAACUGCUUUGGUGAUAGAGAGCAUCAUGCUAUGUUUGAAAGGGUGCAUUUUAUAAAUAAUAAAAUAUCGCAGUUUGAUUUCAAUCCCCAAAUACCUGAAUUCACCCAAUGUCAAAAUGUGUUAUGUUCCAAGCCAAACCAAAGAUAAAAUUACUUUCGCUUACAGUUGUUUGCUAAUUUUGACUUUUUUUUUUAUUAAACUUGGUCAUACGUGUGCUUUAAAAUGAGGCACAUCUAGGGACUAUAGUGGCUUUACAUUGUGGUUUGAAAUGUAAACCAGGUGAUCAGCAAUCAAAGGACCGCCUCAGAGCUUUCAGAUGCAGGCAAAUGCCUGUGUAUCCUGUCUCAUAACUAGUUUUCCAUCUUAGGUUGUAAAGAAUGAUAUAAAGAAUGAUGAACAAAAUAGAGUUAUUUUAAUUUUUUUCAUUAUCCUGGAAAGUUUUUCAGUUCGUCUAACUGAUGAGAAGAGCUCAGGAUGCAUGAGGGGAUUUGGGCCUGGAUUAUGGUGCUUGUUCUGCACUAUUGGAGUGGUCUGACCCAGGGUAUGCCAUUCAUCUCAGCAAACUGCCGCGACGACAUUAGAUUGCCAUGUAGUGUCAGCAAUCAAGGUAGCGUUUAUCGUUAUGUGGUUUGGUACAAAAAUGAGACCGCCAUCAUAAAAAGGAAGUACAAUGAUGUGACAUUUUAUAACAAGUCCUCUCCUGCAUCUCUGGGAGUUCAAGAUACACUGGUGUUACAAAACGUGCAGCCCUUUGACUCUGGAAUUUACCAGUGCUUCUUAGCUGCAGACGUUGGCCAAAAAGACAGGGAGUCAUUUGUCCUACUCACAGUUUCAGAGUGCGUGACUGUCAGUCCAACCUGGACUACAUCUGGAGGUGUGUGCAUUCAGAAUGUCGUGGAAGUUUCUAUUCUGUGGUCUCUUGUCGGUUUUAGUCUUUUCAGCCUGUGUAAAAUCAUCUUCUGCACCAUAAUUGUCACAGUUUGCAAGAAGCAGAGAGGAAGUGAAGCGAGACGCAGAAGCGGAAAACUGAGAAACGAUUCUUGCAAACACAGAGACAAAAGACACCUCUGAGUUUGCUAAAGUGCAGCAUCCUGCUCGUUUUUUAUUUUAUUUUUUAUUUUUUAUUUUUUAAACUUUUGUUACUUGCUGGUGACAGGCAGGUUGUGCUUCUUCUUUUUUUCCACCUGUUUUCUUUCUAAUUUUCCUUUGUCAAUUCUCACCCACCAACUAACUCUCCCCAUAAUACGACAACGUCAAUUUACGAUUACAUUUUAUUUGUAUAGCACUUUUAACAAUGGACAUUGUCUCAAAGCAGUGAGACAACUACUAACCUGAGAAUGUGAAGGUUAACACAUGCCUCCCCUGAGACUUGUGAAGCGCUAGCCAACCACAUAUUUUCAAACCAUAGGGUUGCAUGGUAUACCGGUACUACGGUAGUAUCACGAUACUAAAGCUUUAAAAUUCUUCCGUUGCCACUGUAGUUUUUAAACACUUCAUAUCAUCAAUAUGGUAGUACCGUAAGUAAUGUUGUGUGUGCAGCAGUUAAUACUAUUUUUGCUAAAACGACACAUCUCUGUUUUUGCAGAAUACAGAAAAGUUAGUGACACUUCAUUUAACUUAAAUAACAUUAAUUUCCAAAUCAGUUAUUUAUUCCUAAUGUUGUGUUCAUUUUUAGUACUCAGAGUAGCCAGUUAUCCAUUCUCAUUAAUAAAAUAUUUAGAGGAAAAUUCGGUUUGUCAGUUUUCAUUGAUAUCUAUGUAUUUCUGAAAAUUUGGUUGCUGACAGUAUAUAGGUGGCUAGUUGACUGUAAAGUGUCUAAAGUGGACUAUCCAAAUAAUGUGUGAACAAUUGAGCUGAGCAGUCUGUUUGCAAUAUGCCAGAAGGCGGCCAGGAGGAAACCUGAUUAGACCGUUUAAUAAGACUCAAACAGCCAAAUACCAUGUAAUGUCACAGCAUAAUUGACAACUAAAUACUACCUGGAUAGCUUUGUGUAAAAUAAUGCAUACCUAAAGCAGAAUUAUCACAUUACAUUGCACAAGACUUAGUUUGUGUGUGCAUGCAUGUGUGUGUGUGUGUUUGUUUUACAGUCACCUAGUUCAGUGUUCUGCUCAAAUGUCAAUGAGGAUGUGUGAAUUUCUUCUUUAUUUUACUCAGUGGUUUAAAUGUUGUAAGGUUUCAGGUCACAGCACUAGCACCCUGUGUGCAAAAAUACAUUUGUGUGUGUGUUUUGUGUUUAACUGGAAUAGCAACACUUAUAUUUAACUUUACCACACCUGUGGAGCUCUGAAAGUUGAGUUAGUAGCAGCUUUCAAAACAUUAUGCUUACUACUUGUAGCAUUGUCCAGCACAGUUAGUGUAAUACAUUUAUUCAUGACAUCAGUAAAUCACAUUCCAUAAAAAAAAAUUCAGCAUGAACGGAUUAUCUAGAAGAAAGCCACAAAAGGUAAGUGACAUUUCUUGCACUGUAGCAGCAUAACCCGGGAUUUAAAACAAACAAACAAAAUAAAUCACUCUCAACAUCGGUCUCUGUCUCUGGUAAAAUGAUGUGAACACAAUACACUUAGAAAAUUCUAGUAAGUAAAAAUCUCUGCAUACCGCGGAGUAGGCUGCAUCCAUUAUAUCCAUUCAUUAUUGUACUUUUAAGUUGAAUAAUUUCAACCUUGAAAUGAUUAACCCUUGUGCAUCCUUAUGGACACGUUGAUCUUUUUCACUUUUGUUUAAAAUCAUUUUGCCUGUCUUAAUGCAAAAGGUAUAAUUUUGCAAAAGGUAUGUAUUUUUAUUCGAAUUUUAAUAUUUCACCCUCAUUUGCUUUCAUAAAUCUAUUUUAAACUAGGUACACAAAAUAGUUGCACUCAUGACCUUAAGGACAAAAAUGUCCCCAUUGAAACCCAUUCAAACUUUAAUCCCUGUGACUUUUAAGCAUAAAAUCAUGCAUAAAAUCUUUUACUUUGUUGACAAGGUUUCAAAACACUGAUUUAUUAAUUUUUUUAAUUCUAAAAUGUGUACUCUUUUCUCAGGUUUAGCCUCUGGGGAAAAUACAUGCUUUCCCUUUUUUUUUUUUUUUUUUUUUUUUUGUUUAUUCUGCUGUAUUAUAGAGCACUGAAGCCCAACUGAAUAAAUGAUGCAGCUAUAAUUGUGUGGGUGUGUUUGUAUGGAUACCAGAGUUGUGGUUUGUAUGAGUGUACUGAAAAUUUUAUGUGUCUGAACAGUUUGAAAGAAAGAAAUGAUAUUGUACUGGAAAUCACAAAUUCCACCCAUGUAUAUGAGUCAAAGAAGGUUACUGAGCUUUGAAGAUUUUUUGCAUUAUGUACAGAAACCGGCAUUUAAAGGGUUAAAAUUCUGAAAAUGAAUGAAUUUUUGGUAAUUAUGAUCAGAUCUGAUGCUGGUAAAAAAAAAAGAAAAGAAUUGAAGUCAGUGAAAGUGGAAAAAAAUGAAUAUAUAAUAUUUCUAUGACAGUUUUUGGACAUGGACAUUUUUGUCAUCUAUGGGCCCAGGUGUAACUUUUUUUUAAUUCAAUUAAAUAUUAAAUAUAUUUAAUUAAAUAUAAUAAGGGUUAUUAUAAACAUUUGUACAUGAUUUGAACUAACUUUAUAAUUAUUUUGUUAUGGCAGUACAUACAGC